CAUAAAAGAGAAGCAGCUCGGUGUAGUAGAUUCUCCAAUAUACAGGACAGAUGCCUGGUAAUCUGUUUGUGCCCCAGAAGAUUAAACUGCGGGUUGUGCAUGUGAAAUCAGAUCGCAAUUCAAUAGGCGGCUUCAAGCGCAUAAAGUGCUGUGUGUCUUUCCACGUCGGUGGCAAACAAUAGCCCUUACUCAGGAGAUUAGUGAAGCAGAAAGCCAUGGAAGGUGAGGCUGCUCUUUGUCACUUGGAGAGAAGGAAGCCGAGCCCAGGUAGCUCUCACCUCGCUGUAAAGUCACUCAUUAAACAAAUGGCUGCGGCUCGCACGUGAACUCCCAGGGAUCUGCAGGGGAAUGUCUCGCUGCCGUGUUGGAUGAACAGCACCAGAUUUUCUGUAUGAACAUUGGAACCUGCACUGCGACCUGUUAAUCUGUACAAGGGGCCAGCGACGGGCCAUUUUAGUUGUUUAAUGUACUUAUAUAAAAUGAACCAUUGAGACAUAUUUCCUUUGGAAUGGAUUCUGGUGACAUUGAUUAUCAGGAGGACUACAAGUCGCCUUUUAAUUUUGACUCUGGAGUCAACACAAAUUAUCUGUACUUGUCUCCGCGGCCGAAUGCCUCUCCUCCAGAUUCCCCUACACUGCCGCGAGUGGAUUUGCUGAAAGCAGAGUCCGUUCCAGAUGGAGAAGAUGUGGCUGCACCAGAAGCAGAAAUAUUAUCAGAGGAGGAACAAGAAAAACUUAGAAAAGAGCUUGAAAAGAUAGAAGAGGAAAUACAGACCCUGAGCCAAGUUCUAUCAGCAAAGGAGAGGCACCUCGCUGAUAUCAAAAGGAAACUGGGAGUCACUCCCCUGUCUGAACUGAAACAGAACAUUUCCAAAGGGCUUCAUGAUGUGACCUCCACCACUGUAUACAAGAGAACGUCAGAAACUCUGUCCCAUGCUGGGCAGAAGGCCUCUGCUGCCUUUUCCUCUGUUGGCUCCGUCAUAACUAGAAAGCUAGAGGAUGUAAAGAACUCGCCCACCUUCAAAUCUUUUGAAGAGAAAGUUGAAAAUCUAAAGGAGCUCUUUAAGGGCACGGAAUCAUUUGCCUCGUUGUUGCGCCGCUCCCCGCUGGUACAGAUGGGCCCUUCCAAAGAUAAAAUAGCCAUCGGUAAGAUUUUCCACAUCGUCGGAGAUGAUCUCUACGUCGACUUCGGCGGAAAGUUUCACUGCGUUUGCAAAAGACCGGAGCAAGAUGGAGAAAAAUACCAAAAGGGGGCGAGAGUUCGCCUGAGACUGGUUGACCUGGAGCUCACUUCAAGGUUUUUGGGAGCAAAUACUGACACCACCUUGCUAGAGGCAGACGCGGUGCUGCUGGGUCUACUGGAAAGUCGUGAGACCAAGUAAUGGGGAUGGAACCCGGGCGAUGUCUCUAUUACAUUUUUAUACAACUGCAGCCACUGACGGGACACGAUUCAGCAAAGGUUAUUCUCGUGGCACAUGAGUUCAUCAAAACAUUCAGCUGAUUGUCGGAUAGGACGUUUAUGGAACAAUCUCAUUGUCUGCUAUAACAGCUCCAGGGCUUCUCCAAUUUGCAGCGGCCAAGUAGGAGCUGGAAUUCAUUAUUCCCUUUUUUUCUUCCUAUCCUUUGUUCCUUUCUUAUCUCAGUGACUGACAUGACACAUUAAAAAAAAAGAUAAUAA